UUCAUAGGUACAUUGUAUUUAAAAAAAAAGAAAAAAUGCUUAAUUCUGAUGAACCGAUACUUCCCGUCAACCCUGACGAACCCGUAUUCGAACCACGUGGUAGAAGCGAAUUGGACGAAAAAAUAGCGUAAUUUUUCGUUUCUCUCUCUUCUCAAUUUUCCCUUUCUCUCUCUUCUCGUUUUCUCGUUGUUCCUUCCACGACGAAGGAUCCAAGGAUCGAGCCACGGUGGAGUUUUAACUCCGCCAUAUCUUCUCCGUCACCACCGGCGUUCUUCAAUUAAAUCGAGUGAUCUCCUUAAUCCACCAUCCAUGGAUCGAGCUUCGCUCCUCAUCAUCCUCUGUAUAUUUUUCGAUCUGACCGCGGCUAAUAAAACUCCAGAUAAGCUCAAUUUAGCAGUCGAAUCGCCGAUGAUUUUCCCGCUCAGCUACUCCUCCCUUCCGCCGCGAGUCGAGGAUCUCCGCCGCCGUCGUCUCCAACAAUCUCAGCUCCCUAAUGCUCACAUGAAGCUCUACGACGACCUUUGUGCCAACGGGUUUGAAUUUCGAAUAAUUAGAUACUUGUUUGUAGAAGAAGAUGAUCUUCAGAAAUUAACUCAUGAUGUGGUGAAAUCAAUUAGAUUCAGUAGCGCUUUGAUUAAGGUGUAAGGAGAGUAUUGAGUUUGCUUUAGUUCUCCUCUUCGAUGAGUUUAUGCUUUGCUUAUCUCUGAUUAGGCGUGGAAAUGGUUUUCAGGAUCCAAAGUUUCAAUGACUGAUAUGGUGUUAAUGACUGAUGUAUUCGUUUCCCUGCAGGAUCAUUCUUUUUGUUAUAUUCUUCAACCAAGUGCUUGUUCUUCCAAUAUGAGUUUCUCCAGCGCUGCAGUUGGUUCAACCCUUCCUGUGUUUGAAAGAGGUAGUGGUACUUGUUUGGGUGUUGUUGAGAUUGUCACAACAACUCAGAAGAUGAAUUAUAGGCCAGAAGUUGAGAAUAUCUGUAAAGCUCUCGAGGCUGUUAAUCUAAGGAUUUCAACGAACCUGAAAUCUCCAAGCAGAGAGUUUCUGCAGGUAUAUAACCAUUUCUACCAUGCCGCAUUACCUGAGGUAUCAGACUUUUUGACAUCGGUGGGACUUGGCGUUGAUAUUAUUGGAAGCGGUUAGAGGAGGAAGGAAGCUUUCUGUAGAGGUGGAACAAAGGAUAAUGUCUUCAGGUAUCAUGCUUGUGAUAUUCCUUGGAUUGUUUCUCAUUGUCAAUGACACACUUAGUUUUGAUUUCAUCAAGGAAAUGUUGUAGUUAUCUCUAAUUUUUUUACAAAUACAAAAACAAAAUUUGGUUACAAAUACAAAUAAAUUUUGUUACUAAAA